CAGGGCUGAGUGGGCGGAAGAGAGCCUCCGCUGAGGUGAGGCCCAGAAGCGGGAAUUGAGAGGUGGAGCCUGCACCCGAGGGACGUAGUUGGGACGGGACAAGUUUUCCAAAUGUCAGGCUGCUGCAAUUUGUCCAGGUCCUCUUGGUUUGUCUUUCAGAGGCAGCCCUAAGUCCUCCCACUGCCCCUCCUCAUUGCACUGCCUAAUUACCUCAGGUCCAGGUGCUGCUCCGAUUUCCUCUUUGUCCAGCCCCGGGACUCCUGCCCUGUGACUGCUACUUUUAAAUUAGAAACGCUGUCACACAAGUGAAGACAUGGCCACCAGUCACCCAACAGGACACGUGCAACUCCCCCGAGCUGAUGCCAUUCGUUCACGUCUCAUUGAUACUUUCUCUCUCAUCGAGCAUCUGCAAGGCUUGAGCCAAGCUGUACCACGACACACUAUCCGAGAGAUAGUUGAUCCUUCCAGUCAAAAGAAGGUUAUGUUGGGAGAUCAACACCAGCUUGUGCGCUUCUCCAUAAAGCCUCGACAUGUAGAACGAAUUACACAUGGCCGGAGGCUGAUGAGCAGGCUUCAAGUGCGCUACAGUCAGAGGCCACCUCUUUCCUUGUGGGCUGGAUGGGUCCUUGAGUGUCCUCUCUUCACAAACUUCAUCAUCUUUCUCAUCUUUUUGAAUACAAUUGUACUGAUGGUUGAAAUAGAAUUGCUUGAAUCCUCAAACACCAAAUUGUGGUCACUCAAGCUGACUCUGGAGGUGGCAGCUUGGUUCAUCUUGCUUAUUUUCAUCUUGGAGAUCCUUCUUAUGUGGAUAUCCAGCUUUUUCCUCUUCUGGAAGAAUGCCUGGAAUGUCUUUGACUUUGUUGUCACCAUAUUGUCCCUGCUUCCUGAGGUUGUGGUGCUGGUAGGGGUAACAGGCCAGUCUGUGUGGCUCCAGUUGCUGAGGAUCUGCCGGGUGCUAAGAUCUCUCAAACUCUUUGCACGAUUCCGUCAAAUUCGAGUCAUUAUUUUGGCCCUGGUGAGGGCUCUCAAGAGCAUGACCUUCCUCUUGAUGUUGCUGCUCAUCUUCUUCUACAUUUUUGCUGUGACUGGUGUCUACUUCUUUGAGGAUUUCACCCGUUCAACUCGCCAGGACCUGAAGUACCACAUGUUCUUCUCGGACCUGCUGAAUUCCCUAGUGACAGUGUUCAUCCUCUUCACCAUGGACCAUUGGUAUGCACUGCUUCAGGAUACCUGGAAGGUGCCUGAAGUCAGCCGUGUCUUCAGCAGCAUCUAUGUCAUCCUUUGGUUGUUACUUGGUUCCAUUAUCUUUCGAAACAUUAUAGUAGCUAUGAUGGUUACUAACUUCCAGAAUAUCAGGAAUGAGCUGAACGAGGAGAUGACACAUCUGGAGGUUCAGCAUAAAGCCGACAUAUUCAAGCGGCAGAUUAUCCAGAGGAGACAAAACCUGUCCCCUGAAGCAAUGAGGUCAAGCCUAAGCAAAGUGGAUGCCAGAGAUGCCAGCCAACAAAGAGAACCUUUGGACUUAUCACAAGCUUUUGAAGAAGAGUCUAAACACAGUGCUGAUAAAGAGGGUUCAAGAACAUCUGCACCGAAAAUAAAAGAGUCCUUGUCAAAAACGAAAAAGUCCUCAUCUUCCUCCUCCUCCUCCUCUUCCUCUUCUUCCUCCUCAUCUUCAUCUUCCUCCUAUUCCUCUUCUUCUGAGUCCAGAUAUUUAGGCUCCAUUGGUCAGUUGGACUGGGAGACUCAUGUGCACCAGAAUCUGCCUGGGCUAAUGGAAAUGGAUCAGGAUGACCGUGUCGUUUGGCCUAGAGAUUCACUCUUCCGAUAUUUUGAGUUGCUAGAAAAACUUCAGUAUAACCUAGAGGAGCGUAAGCGGUUGCAGCAGUUUGCAGUGCAGGCACUGAUGAACUUUGAAGACAAGGAAAGCUGACAACGGAUGGCUUUGAUUUCUUUGGCAAAAAUUAAUGAAAGGAAUAGUUGGAAAUGGAGAACUCAAAGUAUAAAUGUCUAAUAAAUACUGUUGAUAAUU